UUGGCCUUUCCCAAGGGGAAGCUGCCGCGAUGCGAGCUCACGGGGCUGCCCGCGGCCGUGCAGUGCGUGACGCCGCACAUCACGCUCUACUACGCGACGAAGGAGCACGCCGAGGAGGCCUGGCACGGCAUCAUGCACAAGAUCGCGCCGCUCCUGGGCCCGCUGCGCGCGCCGUCCGUCGUCGUCGGGUCCGAGGAGGACCGCGCGAAGCGCGAGUACACGAUGGAGAUGUCGAAGAAGGCGCUGAUCGAUCUCUGCACCCAGGAGGCGUCGAAGUUUCUAGUCGCCGGCCGCUACGAGCUCGCCCUGCCGGGCGCGAUCCAGGCGCUCGCGUUCCUCAAGGACAUCCACGGGGAAGGCGCCGUCGAGAUGAUCGCGCCGUACCUGCAGCUGGCGGAGGCGAACUUAGGCCUGGGCCGCUUCCAGCAGGCCGAGGAGUUCCUGUCCCUGGCGAACUGGUCCAUCCUCAAGAACCCGGACUGCAGCAACAACCUGCGGAGCCAGCUCCACCGGAAUUUCGGGAAACUGUACAGCGCGCAGGGCAAGCUGGACCAGGCGCUCGUGGAGCUGAGCCACGACAUCUACUGCUCGUCGCUCGAGGCGGGGCCGGAGCACAUCGACACGUCCGCGGGCUACUACCACACGGCCUCCGUGUUCUACGCGCAGCACCGCAUCGAGAACGCGCUGGCCUUCUACGACAAGGUCGUCGACAUCUGGUACAAGUUCCUCGUCUCC